AUGGGGUCUCUGCUGAACGAGAACUCCAGCGCCGUGCGCAAGCGCAUCCAAGCCCACCACUUCGACCAUGAGGACGGCGACGAGUACGAGGCCUCCACCUUCGGGGGCUUCACCGACUACAUGCGCCGCAAGAAGAUCAAGCUGCAGAAUCUCGAUGCCGAAAUCCGCUCCUCCUCCACCGACCGGCCGCCCAUCUUCCGCGGCGUCGUCGCCCACGUCAACGGUUACACCCAGCCCUCCCUGCAGGACCUCCAUCGCCUCGUCGUCUCCCAUGGCGGCGGCUUCCUUCAGUACCUCAGUGGCAAGACCGAAGCCACCCACAUCAUCGCCAGCGCCCUGACCCCCAAGAAACGGGAGGAGUUCCGUCGCUAUCGCAUCGUCAAGCCGGCAUGGGUGGUCGAGAGUGUCAACGCCGGUCGGCUGCUGCCCUGGGAUGCCUUCCGGGUCAUCGACGAGGGCCAGGGCCAGAAGGUGCUGAAGUUUGACGACGGGCGCAUGGCCAGCCAGGUGAACACGCCGCGAUCCGGCUACCGGGAACAAUCCGAUGCCAGCUGGUAUCCCUCGCAACUGCAGGCCAGGGGGAUGAACAGCAGCGAUCCCCGCACGCAGUCGGACUAUGGCGAGUUUCCCAGCUUUGCCUCGCUGGACGAGCCCAGCAAAACACCGCAGCGACCGGUUCAGCCGUCCCCCCAGCCCCAGACCCCAGAGCCAGAGCUCUUGUCUCCGCAACGUAGUGAACCUAGAACCUUUUUGAAACCCGAGCCCGAGAGUACCCAACUCGAUGUAGCUCCGGCACCGCUGCCCCUGGUGCGGGAAUCGGCCCCAUUGAAACCGGAGAUGACUUCGGAAGAAUACAAUGCCCAGCUGCUGGCAGACCCGCGCAUGCGAACCGCCAGUGCGGCCAACCCGGACUUCAUCCAGCAAUUCUACAGCGAGUCUCGCUUACACCACCUCUCCACGUGGAAGGCCGAUCUAAAAGCCCAGCUGCAGUCCGCGGCCAAGGAGAAGCUGCACACCCAGCUCAAGCGCAGAAGGCCGGUUGCAGGUGCCCGGAGGUACAUCAUGCACGUCGACUUCGAUUGCUUCUUCGCGGCCGUGUCGACCCUGAAGCGCCCCGAACUGCAGGGCAAACCCGUCGCCGUGGCACACGGCACGGGGUCGGGCUCCGAGAUUGCCAGCUGCAACUACGAGGCGCGCGCACAUGGCGUCAAAAACGGCAUGUGGAUGAAGGGUGCGCUGCAAGCCUGUCCCGACCUGAACGUCGUGCCGUACGACUUCCCCGCCUACGAGGACGCCAGCCGCAAGUUCUACAGUGCCAUCCUGGCCGUGGAUGGCAUGGUCCAGAGUGUCAGCAUCGACGAAGCGCUGGUGGACAUCACCAUGCAAUGUCUCGAGGCGGGUGGCUCGGACGGCCGGGGCAUAUCGGAAGGGUCGGUGUACCGGGAACAGGCCAAGGCCGAUGAGAUUGGCGAAAGCCUGCGGGAAACGGUCAAGAAGGCUUCGGGUUGCGCGGUCUCUGUGGGAAUCGGGGGUAAUAUCCUACUGGCAAAGGUAGCGCUACGGAAAGCAAAGCCUGCAGGCCAGUUCCAGCUGAAACCAGACGCCGUCCUGGAGUUCAUCGGAAAUCUUACCGUCCGGGAUCUCCCAGGGGUGGGGUAUAGCUUAGGGACGAAACUGGAACAGCUGGGCGUGACGCUCGUCAAAGAUGCUUGGGAACUUCCUCGCGAUCGGCUUGCCGCGAGCCUGGGUCCCAAGACCGGCGUCAAGAUCUGGGAGUACGCUCGGGGCAUUGAUCGCACCGAAGUGGGUAAUGAAGUCCUCCGAAAGUCCGUAUCGGCCGAGGUCAACUGGGGCAUCCGCUUUGUGGAUCAGACCCAAGCGGACGACUUUGUGCGGUCGUUGUGUCAGGAACUGCACCGCCGACUGGUCGAGAAUCUGGUCAAGGGAAAGCAACUGACCCUCAAGGUCAUGAGACGGUCUGCAGACGCCCCAUUGGAGCCGGUCAAGCACCUGGGACACGGGAAAUGCGACGUCUUCAACAAGAGCGUCGUCCUCGGGGUGGCCACAGAUGCCCCCGAGAUUCUCGGAAAGGAGGCCGUAUCGAUGCUACGAAGCCUGGGGGUUUCCCCGGGGGAUUUGCGGGGGCUGGGCGUGCAAAUGACCAAACUCGAGCACCUCAAGUCAGGGUCUCCGAGCAGCCAGCGCCAGCUGAACUUCAAGGCGUCCCCUGUGCGCAAAAGCAUCGAGCAGAAAGAUCCCGACGACCUGGACAGUCCUCGCAAGGGAGAGACACCCUCGAUCCGGCCGGUCCCUUCGUUCCGCGACAGCGACCACAAGCCGUUAAACCUGUCAGGAACCCAAUUCAUCAUGCCGUCGCAGACAGACCCCAGGGUGGUUGCCGAGCUCCCGACGGAUAUCCGCUCGCGACUGAUAUCCCAAGGGAAAGCCCGCCGCGAGUCUCGCUCCGUGUCGCCAUGUCCGCCCGCUCGCGCCCGACCAUCUGUCAGCGCCGAACUCCCUCCCCAGUCCCAGCUCGACCCCGACACUCUCGCGGCGCUGCCAGAGGACGUGCGUGCCGAGGUGCUGGGCUACUACACCCGCCAAUCCGCCAGCCCUGGUCCAGCCCUAUCUCCCGCCCUCGCCCCUACACGUCCAUCCUCCUCCGGCUCCGGCUCCGGCUCCCUCAUGAUGCGCAAACCCACCAGUCCCCCCAAGAAACGCCGCGGCCGCCCCAGCACCAAAUCGGUGGGAAACCCCGCCCUCACCCAAGCCCGCUUCGUCUUCCCCCGACCUACAUCCAGCAGCACAACCGACCGCCUCCCAUCCCGGCGCUCCCCCAUCCGCGACCCCAGCCCCAAAACCAAGAUCAACCCCCCCAAAUCUCAGAGGACUUCCUCGCCGCCCUCCCAGAGGACAUCCGCCGGGAACCCGCCCCAAUCCGCCAUCCCUCCCCCAGAACGCCAAGAACGAACCCUCCCCCUUGCCCCCCUCCCGCCCCGCCCCAGCUUCACCUCCCAAAAGCUCACCUCACUGCCUGACCUCCGCGAGGCCGUCGGCUCCUGGCACGCCGAGUUCCGCGAUGAGGGACCUCUGCAUGAAGACGUGGUUGCUCUGGCUAGGUAUCUGAGACGGGUGGUUGUGGACGAGCGCGAUAUCGACAAGGCGGUUUCGGUGGUGGGGUGGGUGAGGUGGUUGGUUGAGGAUCAGGAUGGGGGUGGAGAUGGGGAUGCCUUUAAGACGCCGGAUCCGAGCGGGAAGAUCGGUGAGGGGCUCGGGAUGUCGUGGGGGGGUACAGUGAGGAUGUUGAGGGAGAGUGUUGAUGAGGGACUGCAGGAGAGGGGGUUGGGGGAGAUUGAUGAUGUUUAG